UAUGACUACCAGGCAGUGCCUGUGAGGGAGCCUCCACCAGCAUAUACCCCUUACUAUGAUCCAGCAGGUGGGAUCCCCCAGUCAAGGGAGCCUCAUAUAUCCCAAACACCUCCAUUUCCAUCAAACUCAAGCCAGGAUUUUCCCUUAAGAAAUGAUGAUAUGAAAAAAGAGGACAAUACAGGAAAUCAGGAUGCAACUAAUGCACAAACAGGAAAAUAUCCACAUCAGGAUAACACUGUUGCAUACAAUGUUAGUGGUAAUGAAGAUCAUGCAGGAUAUUACCCAGCCGUAUACAAAGAAGGUGAAUUUGAUCCAAAUGACCCUGGACCAGGAGGUAAUCCUUAUGUGCGGAUAUCGGAAGGUAGUCCUUAUGCUAAAAGAGGUCAAGGAGUUCAAGCUCCCAGUGACCAUGUUCAACAACCAAUUCAAAUUGACCCCUUUACUCGUGGAGGACCAAGAGCCCUCUAUAUGCCUUCACCUGAGUUCUCUCCAACUGAGUGGCAAGCCAAUCCAGACACAAAUCCAGGAGGCCCGUUUAUCCAGGAAGGUCAAGAUGAUGCAAAUAUUGACAAAGACAAGGUUGAUUCUCCAAAAAGCAAUGCUGAUACUGAAACAUUUUCUCAAGGUCAAUCUGACCCCCAACUCCAUGGUGGUCGAGGCAGCCCCUAUAACCAGCCAAGUCAAGGCAGUCCCUAUAACCAGCCAAGUCAAGGUAACCCAUACCCCCAAGCAGUUCAAGGUAUCCCUUGUACACCACCAGGUCAAACCCGUUCCUUGUAUACACAUCCACCUGUUACAGCCCAGCCUACAACAGAGAAGGGUGCUACACCUGUAUGGGCUAGUAAUAACGACCCUCCUCCUGAUUACCUCCCAUGGUCUAUCAUAACUACACUGUGUUGCUGUCUUUGUCUAGGUAUCUGGGCAAUUAUAACAUCAGUUGCAUCACGUGGAGCAGCAGCUAAUGGCGAUAUGAGAACAGCACAACAGAAAAGCAGAAAUGCACGAAAUAUCAAUAUUGCUGGUUGUCUAAUUGGUGUGGUCAUCAUUUUAACUCUCAUUUUGGUCAAUAUCUUAUAGUAAGCCUGAUCAUCGACGUUUAUGUCCAAAUUGCCGAAAAAAAGUAUUUAUUCUGAGUUAGAUCAUUGUUUAGCCUUUUCAAACUUCAAGGGGCGGGGUCAAAAUUUCAAU